AUGCUCCAAGUGCAACACUCACAUGCCCCUCUCGCAACACUCAAAGGCUCCAAGUGCAACACUCACAUGCCCCUCUCGCAACACUCACAUGCUCCAAGUGCAACACUCACAUGCCCCUCUCGCAACACUCACAUGCUCCAAUGCAACACUCACAUGCCCCUCUCGCAACACUCACAUGCUCCAAGUGCAACACUCACAUGCCCCUCUCGCAACACUCACAUGCUCCAAGUGCAACACUCACAUGCCCCUCUCGCAACACUCACAUGCCCUCUCGCAACACUCACAUGCCCUCUCGCAACACUCACAUGCCCCUCUCGCAACACUCACAUGCCCCUCUCGCAACACUCACAUGCCCCUCUCGCAACACUCACAUGCCCCUCUCGCAACACUCACAUGCCCCUCUCGCAACACUCACAUGCCCCUCUCGCAACACUCACAUGCCCCUCUCGCAACACUCACAUGCCCCUCUCGCAACACUCACAUGCCCCUCUCGCAACACUCACAUGCCCCUCUCGCAACACUCACAUGCCCCUCUCGCAACACUCACAUGCCCCUCUCGCAACACUCACAUGCCCCUCUCGCAACACUCACAUGCCCCUCUCGCAACACUCACAUGCCCCUCUCGCAACACUCACAUGCCCCUCUCGCAACACUCACAUGCUCCAAGUGCAACACUCACAUGCCCCUCUCGCAACACUCACAUGCCCCUCUCGCAACACUCACAUGCCCCUCUCGCAACACUCACAUGCCCCUCUCGCAACACUCACAUGCUCCAAGUGCAACACUCACAUGCCCCUCUCGCAACACUCACAUGCUCCAAGUGCAACACUCACAUGCCCCUCUCGCAACACUCACAUGCUCCAUGUGCAACACUCACAUGCCCCUCUCGCAACACUCACAUGCCCCUCUCGCAACACUCACAUGCCCCUCUCGCAACACUCACAUGCCCCUCUCGCAACACUCACAUGCCCCUCUCGCAACACUCACAUGCCCCUCUCGCAACACUCACAUGCCCCUCUCGCAACACUCACAUGCUCCAAGUGCAACACUCACAUGCCCCUCUCGCAACACUCACAUGCUCCAAGUGCAACACUCACAUGCCCCUCUCGCAACACUCACAUGCUCCAUGUGCAACACUCACAUGCCCCUCUCGCAACACUCACAUGCCCCUCUCGCAACACUCACAUGCCCCUCUCGCAACACUCACAUGCCCCUCUCGCAACACUCACAUGCCCCUCUCGCAACACUCACAUGCCCCUCUCGCAACACUCACAUGCUCCAAGUGCAACACUCACAUGCCCCUCUCGCAACACUCACAUGCUCCAAGUGCAACACUCACAUGCCCCUCUCGCAACACUCACAUGCCCCUCUCGCAACACUCACAUGCCCCUCUCGCAACACUCACAUGCCCCUCUCGCAACACUCACAUGCCCCUCUCGCAACACUCACAUGCCCCUCUCGCAACACUCACAUGCUCCAAGUGCAACACUCACAUGCCCCUCUCGCAACACUCACAUGCUCCAUGUGCAACACUCACAUGCCCCUCUCGCAACACUCACAUGCCCCUCUCGCAACACUCACAUGCCCCUCUCGCAACACUCACAUGCUCCAAGUGCAACACUCACAUGCCCCUCUCGCAACACUCACAUGCUCCAAGUGCAACACUCACAUGCCCCUCUCGCAACACUCACAUGCUCCAAGUGCAACACUCACAUGCCCCUCUCGCAACACUCACAUGCCCCUCUCGCAACACUCACAUGCCCCUCUCGCAACACUCACAUGCUCCAAGUGCAACACUCACAUGCCCCUCUCGCAACACUCACAUGCUCCAAGUGCAACACUCACAUGCCCCUCUCGCAACACUCACAUGCUCCAAGUGCAACACUCACAUGCCCCUCUCGCAACACUCACAUGCUCCAAGUGCAACACUCACAUGCCCCUCUCGCAACACUCACAUGCUCCAAGUGCAACACUCACAUGCCCCUCUCGCAACACUCACAUGCUCCAAGUGCAACACUCACAUGCCCCUCUCGCAACACUCACAUGCCCCUCUCGCAACACUCACAUGCCCCUCUCGCAACACUCACAUGCCCCUCUCGCAACACUCACAUGCCCCUCUCGCAACACUCACAUGCCCCUCUCGCAACACUCACAUGCCCCUCUCGCAACACUCACAUGCCCCUCUCGCAACACUCACAUGCCCCUCUCGCAACACUCACAUGCCCCUCUCGCAACACUCACAUGCCCCUCUCGCAACACUCACAUGCCCCUCUCGCAACACUCACAUGCCCCUCUCGCAACACUCACAUGCCCCUCUCGCAACACUCACAUGCCCCUCUCGCAACACUCACAUGCCCCUCUCGCAACACUCACAUGCCCCUCUCGCAACACUCACAUGCUCCAAGUGCAACACUCACAUGCCCCUCUCGCAACACUCACAUGCCCCUCUCGCAACACUCACAUGCCCCUCUCGCAACACUCACAUGCCCCUCUCGCAACACUCACAUGCUCCAAGUGCAACACUCACAUGCCCCUCUUGCAACACUCACAUGCUCCAAGUGCAACACUCACAUGCCCCUCUCGCAACACUCACAUGCUCCAUGUGCAACACUCACAUGCCCCUCUCGCAACACUCACAUGCCCCUCUCGCAACACUCACAUGCCCCUCUCGCAACACUCACAUGCCCCUCUCGCAACACUCACAUGCCCCUCUCGCAACACUCACAUGCCCCUCUCGCAACACUCACAUGCUCCAAGUGCAACACUCACAUGCCCCUCUCGCAACACUCACAUGCUCCAAGUGCAACACUCACAUGCCCCUCUCGCAACACUCACAUGCCCCUCUCGCAACACUCACAUGCCCCUCUCGCAACACUCACAUGCCCCUCUCGCAACACUCACAUGCCCCUCUCGCAACACUCACAUGCCCCUCUCGCAACACUCACAUGCUCCAAGUGCAACACUCACAUGCCCCUCUCGCAACACUCACAUGCUCCAAGUGCAACACUCACAUGCCCCUCUCGCAACACUCACAUGCUCCAUGUGCAACACUCACAUGCCCCUCUCGCAACACUCACAUGCCCCUCUCGCAACACUCACAUGCCCCUCUCGCAACACUCACAUGCUCCAAGUGCAACACUCACAUGCCCCUCUCGCAACACUCACAUGCUCCAAGUGCAACACUCACAUGCCCCUCUCGCAACACUCACAUGCCCCUCUCGCAACACUCACAUGCCCCUCUCGCAACACUCACAUGCCCCUCUCGCAACACUCACAUGCUCCAAGUGCAACACUCACAUGCCCCUCUCGCAACACUCACAUGCUCCAAGUGCAACUCACAUGCCCCUCUCGCAACACUCACAUGCCCCUCUCGCAACACUCACAUGCCCCUCUCGCAACACUCACAUGCCCCUCUCGCAACACUCACAUGCCCCUCUCGCAACACUCACAUGCCCCUCUCGCAACACUCACAUGCCCCUCUCGCAACACUCACAUGCCCCUCUCGCAACACUCACAUGCCCCUCUCGCAACACUCACAUGCCCCUCUCGCAACACUCACAUGCCCCUCUCGCAACACUCACAUGCCCCUCUCGCAACACUCACAUGCCCCUCUCGCAACACUCACAUGCCCCUCUCGCAACACUCACAUGCCCCUCUCGCAACACUCACAUGCCCCUCUCGCAACACUCACAUGCCCCUCUCGCAACACUCACAUGCCCCUCUCGCAACACUCACAUGCCCCUCUCGCAACACUCACAUGCUCCAAGUGCAACACUCACAUGCCCCUCUCGCAACACUCACAUGCCCCUCUCGCAACACUCACAUGCCCCUCUCGCAACACUCACAUGCCCCUCUCGCAACACUCACAUGCUCCAAGUGCAACACUCACAUGCCCCUCUCGCAACACUCACAUGCUCCAAGUGCAACACUCACAUGCCCCUCUCGCAACACUCACAUGCUCCAUGUGCAACACUCACAUGCCCCUCUCGCAACACUCACAUGCCCCUCUCGCAACACUCACAUGCCCCUCUCGCAACACUCACAUGCCCCUCUCGCAACACUCACAUGCCCCUCUCGCAACACUCACAUGCCCCUCUCGCAACACUCACAUGCUCCAAGUGCAACACUCACAUGCCCCUCUCGCAACACUCACAUGCUCCAAGUGCAACACUCACAUGCCCCUCUCGCAACACUCACAUGCCCCUCUCGCAACACUCACAUGCCCCUCUCGCAACACUCACAUGCCCCUCUCGCAACACUCACAUGCCCCUCUCGCAACACUCACAUGCUCCAAGUGCAACACUCACAUGCCCCUCUCGCAACACUCACAUGCUCCAAGUGCAACACUCACAUGCCCCUCUCGCAACACUCACAUGCUCCAAGUGCAACACUCACAUGCCCCUCUCGCAACACUCACAUGCUCCAUGUGCAACACUCACAUGCCCCUCUCGCAACACUCACAUGCCCCUCUCGCAACACUCACAUGCCCCUCUCGCAACACUCACAUGCUCCAAGUGCAACACUCACAUGCCCCUCUCGCAACACUCACAUGCUCCAAGUGCAACACUCACAUGCCCCUCUCGCAACACUCACAUGCUCCAAGUGCAACACUCACAUGCCCCUCUCGCAACACUCACAUGCCCCUCUCGCAACACUCACAUGCCCCUCUCGCAACACUCACAUGCCCCUCUCGCAACACUCACAUGCUCCAAGUGCAACACUCACAUGCCUUUCUCGCAACACUCACAUGCUCCAAGUGCAACACUCACAUGCCCCUCUCGCAACACUCACAUGCUCCAAGUGCAACACUCACAUGCCCCUCUCGCAACACUCACAUGCCCCUCUCGCAACACUCACAUGCCCCUCUCGCAACACUCACAUGCCCCUCUCGCAACACUCACAUGCCCCUCUCGCAACACUCACAUGCCCCUCUCGCAACACUCACAUGCCCCUCUCGCAACACUCACAUGCCCCUCUCGCAACACUCACAUGCCCCUCUCGCAACACUCACAUGCCCCUCUCGCAACACUCACAUGCCCCUCUCGCAACACUCACAUGCCCCUCUCGCAACACUCACAUGCCCCUCUCGCAACACUCACAUGCCCCUCUCGCAACACUCACAUGCCCCUCUCGCAACACUCACAUGCCCCUCUCGCAACACUCACAUGCCCCUCUCGCAACACUCACAUGCCCCUCUCGCAACACUCACAUGCCCCUCUCGCAACACUCACAUGCCCCUCUCGCAACACUCACAUGCCCCUCUCGCAACACUCACAUGCCCCUCUCGCAACACUCACAUGCCCCUCUCGCAACACUCACAUGCCCCUCUCGCAACACUCACAUGCCCCUCUCGCAACACUCACAUGCCCCUCUCGCAACACUCACAUGCCCCUCUCGCAACACUCACAUGCCCCUCUCGCAACACUCACAUGCCCCUCUCGCAACACUCACAUGCCCCUCUCGCAACACUCACAUGCCCCUCUCGCAACACUCACAUGCCCCUCUCGCAACACUCACAUGCCCCUCUCGCAACACUCACAUGCCCCUCUCGCAACACUCACAUGCCCCUCUCGCAACACUCACAUGCCCCUCUCGCAACACUCACAUGCCCCUCUCGCAACACUCACAUGCCCCUCUCGCAACACUCACAUGCCCCUCUCGCAACACUCACAUGCCAUGCCCCUCUCGCAACACUCACAUGCCCCUCUCGCAACACUCACAUGCCCCUCUCGCAACACUCACAUGCCCCUCUCGCAACACUCACAUGCCCCUCUCGCAACACUCACAUGCCAUGCCCCUCUCGCAACACUCACAUGCCCCUCUCGCAACACUCACAUGCCCCUCUCGCAACACUCACAUGCCCCUCUCGCAACACUCACAUGCCCCUCUCGCAACACUCACAUGCCCCUCUCGCAACACUCACAUGCCCCUCUCGCAACACUCACAUGCCCCUCUCGCAACACUCACAUGCCCCUCUCGCAACACUCACAUGCCCCUCUCGCAACACUCACAUGCCCCUCUCGCAACACUCACAUGCCCCUCUCGCAACACUCACAUGCCCCUCUCGCAACACUCACAUGCCCCUCUCGCAACACUCACAUGCCCCUCUCGCAACACUCACAUGCCCCUCUCGCAACACUCACAUGCCCCUCUCGCAACACUCACAUGCCCCUCUCGCAACACUCACAUGCCCCUCUCGCAACACUCACAUGCCCCUCUCGCAACACUCACAUGCCCCUCUCGCAACACUCACAUGCCCCUCUCGCAACACUCACAUGCCCCUCUCGCAACACUCACAUGCCCCUCUCGCAACACUCACAUGCCCCUCUCGCAACACUCACAUGCCCCUCUCGCAACACUCACAUGCCCUCUCGCAACACUCACAUGCCCUCUCGCAACACUCCCCUCUCGCAACACUCACAUGCCCCUCUCGCAACACUCACAUGCCCCUCUCGCAACACUCACAUGCCCCUCUCGCAACACUCACAUGCCCCUCUCGCAACACUCACAUGCCCCUCUCGCAACACUCACAUGCCCCUCUCGCAACACUCACAUGCCCCUCUCGCAACACUCACAUGCCCCUCUCGCAACACUCACAUGCCCCUCUCGCAACACUCACAUGCCCCUCUCGCAACACUCACAUGCCCCUCUCGCAACACUCACAUGCCCCUCUCGCAACACUCACAUGCCAUGCCCCUCUCGCAACACUCACAUGCCCCUCUCGCAACACUCACAUGCCCCUCUCGCAACACUCACAUGCCCCUCUCGCAACACUCACAUGCCCCUCUCGCAACACUCACAUGCCCCUCUCGCAACACUCACAUGCCCCUCUCGCAACACUCACAUGCCCCUCUCGCAACACUCACAUGCCCCUCUCGCAACACUCACAUGCCCCUCUCGCAACACUCACAUGCCCCUCUCGCAACACUCACAUGCCCCUCUCGCAACACUCACAUGCCCCUCUCGCAACACUCACAUGCCCCUCUCGCAACACUCACAUGCCCCUCUCGCAACACUCACAUGCCCCUCUCGCAACACUCACAUGCCCCUCUCGCAACACUCACAUGCCCCUCUCGCAACACUCACAUGCCCCUCUCGCAACACUCACAUGCCCCUCUCGCAACACUCACAUGCCCCUCUCGCAACACUCACAUGCCCCUCUCGCAACACUCACAUGCCCCUCUCGCAACACUCACAUGCCCCUCUCGCAACACUCACAUGCCCCUCUCGCAACACUCACAUGCCCCUCUCGCAACACUCACAUGCCCCUCUCGCAACACUCACAUGCCCCUCUCGCAACACUCACAUGCCCCUCUCGCAACACUCACAUGCCCCUCUCGCAACACUCACAUGCCCCUCUCGCAAGGGGAAGAGUAG